GAGCGCCUCCAUCAUCCUCAUUGACAACAGUGCACAGGCAUGGCUACUUCCAAGCUCAACUCCAUCAGGGUUAGAUUAUACUUUGAUUAUCCUCCUCCAGCCACACCAGAUUGUCGGAUGUGCUGGUUGUUGGUGGACUUGAACAAAUGCCGAGUAGUCGCGGAUUUGUCCAGCAUCAUAAAGGAAAAGUUUGGCUACAGUCGUAAGACCAUUUUAGACCUGUUCGUUGAAGAUUGUUACCUGCCUACCACUGAAAGUAUCUAUAUAGUACGCGAUAAUGAUAGUAUACGGGUAAAGGUAUCUGUAUUUGAAAAUGGAGCUGAGACUUACCAAAACUGUGUCGCUCACAACUCGAAGACCAAGAAGAGAGAGAGAGAAGAUGAAAUGCAGAUUUGUGUUACUCAGGGUUCGAGUAAGAAAACAAAGCUAGAUGUUCAAAUCAAUGGCUCGGCGCCAGCCGAUAGUGGAAAGAAGAAGAAACGCAAGAAGAAGAAGAGAGAAAAGCAGUCGGCCAAUGAUCCAGCCACCCCUCAAAAAACCAUUCCAGUUAAAGCGCAAGCGAGCCAGUCAUCUAACAGAAAAACCAGUGUCUCAACUAGUGACAAAACAAGUAGAGCAAAGAUUCAGGAAUCAACUUCAAGUUCUUCAGACAGCAGUGAGGAUGAGUCUCACAGUAAGGCGUCUCCACCAAAACCUAAACCCAAGCAGUCUGAUGGUACCAAGAAGCCUGCUAUGCCUGCACCGAAAGAGACCUCCUCGUCGGACUCUGACUCUUCUGAUAACACGGUUAAACCAACUGCCCGAAAAAGCAGCACCUCUGUACAGCCGCUUCCUGCUACACCUAAACCAUCUACCUCGACGAACUCUCAAAUCCCACCACAAACACCUAAACAGACAAAAAGGUCCACAGAUUCUUCCUCCUCUUCCUCCUCAUCACCCACCCAAAGGAAACCUUCUGCUAAGAAAUCACAGGUAGAUCCUCAACCCUCCUUAACUUCAUCUCAGUCUGUUUCUGCCUCUGGUUCUAAAAAGCCCCAGGAGGAGGCUGAGAGCUCGGACUCAGAUGCCAGUGAAAUAGAGCUUGUGAUUAAGAAGCCAAACCUACAUGGAAUGGGCUUGAACAUUGCUGGUUUAAGCUCCAGUACCAGUGAGACGGCAGGCAGGCCAAAAGGAAACACAAGAAGCCAGGAGAGAGGCAGAGGCGGAAACCGAGGCAGUGGCAGAGGCGGCUUUGGUAGAGCCAAGGGAACACCAUGGAAACAAGACUUUAAUUACAAAUAUGAGAAUGGAGAACAUCAGAAACGGAGAGAUUUACUGACUAAUGAAAGUUUUAUUUUACAGAAUCCACCAGAACCAGAACCUGAAACAGCCCCCAAAAGAGACUACACAACUUUGCCCCUACUGGCAGCUCCACCUGCAGUGGGCCAAACCAUUGCCUUUAAACUACUGGAGUUAACUGAAAACUACACACCAGAAGUGUCUGAUUAUAAAGAAGGGAAGAUAAUUGCAUUUAAUCCUCAAACAAAGAUGUUGGAGCUUGAACUGCUCUCAAGACCUCACGCCCCUGCUGAACCUGGCAAGUUUGACUUGGUGUAUGAGUACCCCGAUGGAUCUGAGAUUGUAGAAUAUGCUGUCACACAUGGAUCACAGCUGACUGAGCGUUGGGAUUCUCUCCUGGAGCCCCGGCUGAUUGUGGAAAAUGUCGGAUGAGAAUCAGACAAUACAAUGGACUGAGGCAGAGCCAUCUAGAUAAAGAACUUUUUAUUUUUAGUGAUGUUUUCAAAUUAUAACUUGAAUUUUUAAAAAUUGUAUUUUAUUUUCAGUUUCAUUUAAAUAAAUAGUUUGUUUUAUAUAAAAAUUGCAUGGUUCUAAGUGAUUUUGUGCUGGAUAAGGGUAUUUUCUCUUAUAAAUUGCAUUUACGUCUUUGAGCAUGUCAUGUGGACAGUUGCAAUAAUGUCAGUCAAAUAAUUUGUCAAACAAAAUAUUAAUUGCCAUAGAUGAAUGCUGACUGAGUUAUUAACCAUUUCACCUAAAAUGUGGAGCCAAAUUACAGGGGGGAUGCCAUUAAAAAGAUGUCAGCUUAGUUAUUUUAUUUUAACACAGAUAUUGUUAGACCUUUUUGGUAAAAUCAGCUUUAGCCAUCCUUAAUGCAUUCCACAAUUGCAGUUUGAAAAUAAGAAAAGCACUUUUUGUUAUUGCAUGCCUGUAACUCGAGUAUUAAAGACAUCUUAAUACCCUUUAGAUUCUGAUGCUUUACAAACUUAUCUUUUGGUAUCUACUAAAAAAAUUUUAAGAGCUGUCCAAACUGAAAACUUGCACUGACAUAUUUUAAAAUACAUAAGUGCCCUUUGUUUUGCCUCAAAAUGCACACAAGUAAUGUUUUUAGUGAGGCAUGUUGGUUCAAACUAGUUAGAUUGCCUAAUUAAACUAAGGCCUAGCCUGGCAUAAUCCCUGUCCUGAACACCACCCCUUAAUGUUUACCAGUAAAACCCAUUAAAAUAUAAACCUGUUAAAAAGAAAACAAAUGCUUCUACCCUUUUAAAGUCAUUUUAACCCCCU